AUGCAAAUUUUUGUUAAGACUUUAACAGGUAAAACUAUUACCUUAGAAGUUGAAUCUUCUGACACUAUUGACAAUGUCAAGUCCAAGAUCCAAGACAAGGAAGGUAUCCCACCUGACCAACAAAGAUUAAUCUUCGCUGGUAAGCAAUUGGAAGAUGGUAGAACCUUAUCUGACUACAACAUCCAAAAGGAAUCCACCUUACACUUAGUCUUGAGAUUAAGAGGUGGUGGUAAGAAGAGAAAGAAGAAGGUCUACACCACCCCAAAGAAGAUCAAGCACAAGCACAAGAAGGUCAAGUUAGCUGUCUUAUCUUACUACAAGGUCGACAACGAAGGUAAGGUCACCAAGUUAAGAAGAGAAUGUACCAACGCCACCUGUGGUGCCGGUGUCUUCUUAGCUAACCACAAGGACAGAUUCUACUGUGGUAAGUGUCAUUCCGUUUACAAGACCAACGCUUAA